AUGCGAUUCGCAAUUUUUCCAUUAUUUCUCACAUUUUCGCCAAUUUUCGCCAACGAAAAUUUCAAAUUUCUUGUCAACAGUAACGAGGAAUUCUGCUUCUUCAUCGACAAUGCCCAACAAGACACUCACAAAAUUCACGCCAUGGUUUUAGGUAGCAAUAAUCCAGUGGACGUCGUUGUCUAUGAUAGAGAUCGCAAUUCGUUUCACACCUCGCCGCUCGAGACCACCCACCAUUUCACUUUGAACGUCAAUUACGCCGCGCUCUGCUUCAUCACACCCCACCAUUCGACAAAAGUCCAUUUAUCUGUGCGCAAGGAGCAAUCCCAAAAAGGUCUCAACGAAAUCGCCAAUGAAAUGUUGGCAAAAACCAACAUCAUCGAGGAUUUCAUGAAAGUUUGCCUCAAAAUCGCCUACACCCUUCGCGAUGCUCAAGUCCAGCAAAAAGCGCAUAACAUGAUUGAGAAGCAGGCGCGCACAUCAAGCGAAGAGCUCUUCGAGCGUUUCAACUUCUGGGCAACCAUCAACACGCUGGUGAUGGUUUUCGCGGUGGGAGCCCAAGUGAUGUUUAUUCGCGCAAUGCUGGGCGAUCAUCGAUUAUUCGAAAAAACUUUCAGCCGUUUUUCAAGUCUCGAAUUUUAG